AUGUCGCUGUCGCUACCAGGUCUUGGGCUAGACGAGCCAGAAGAGGCUCAAGCAGUUGAGACGGUCCAACAUGACCUAGCAAAAGAUACAGAAUGGCGCUUCGAAGUACCCGUGGGCAAAUACAUCCAUCUCAAGCUGUUGACCGGUACCGCCGAACUCUUUGGCACUGAGCUUGUGGCAGGGAAUACGUUUACCUUCACCGGGAUCAAAGCCGCAAUCUUCACAUGGCAUGGUUGCUCCUUCGAAGUCAGCGGCGAUGCACUGCAGAGUGAAUACACCGCUGAAGAAACGCCCAUGAACGAGUAUAUCAAUGUGCACUUCGCACUCGAAGCACUUCGCGAUCAGGCAAGAGCAAGCGGCAGAGAAGGACCAAGAGUGUUGCUGUUGGGUCCGGAAGACGCAGGCAAAAGUUCACUUGCGAAGAUCCUGACCGGAUAUGCGCAAAGGUCGGCUCGGUCACCCGUUGUGGUGAAUCUAGACAUCAAAGAGGGGGUCAUGAGCAUUCCUGGGACUAUGACUGCGACGGUAUUCAAGACGCUGAUGGACGUCGAGGAAGGAUGGGGAGCUGCACCCAUGAGCGGCCCCAACGGUAUCAUACCCGUCAAGCUACCCCUGGUCUACUUUUUCGGCAGUCCGAACCCAAACGAGAAAGAAGGAAAGGUCUACAAGGCGCAGCUAAGUCGUCUUGCAUUGGCUGUAGCCGGGAGGACGGCGCAGGAUCCGGAAGCAAAAGAGAGCGGUCUGAUCAUCGACACCCCAGGCAGCCUGGUAAGCACCAAAUCCAGCAAUAUCGGAAGCGAAAUCAUCCAAGAGAUCGUCUCUGAAUUUGCCAUAUCGGCCAUCAUCUGCCUGGGGUCUGAAAGGCUCUACAGCGACAUGGUGAAGCGGUAUGACGGCCAACCCACCGCUUCUCGGACGAGCGCGAACCCUCCGGAGAAGAUUUCCGUGAUCAAAGUCAACAAGUCCGGCGGGUGCGUGGACCGGGACGAGGCGUACAUGCAAAGUCUCCGAGCUGCGCAGAUCAGAACGUAUUUCUAUGGUAAUCCUCGACUGAGCAAUGGCAUAUCAUUGCAGCCACGGCAACAGCAAGUCGACUUUUCGACCUUGACCAUCUGGCGCCGUAUCUCAUCUACACCAGACCCUUCAUCGACCACCGGCGGGGGAGCAUUUGACAACGAUGACGACAACGAAAGCUUCCUACCAGGUGGCCUAGAUGACGACUCAGCGCCCAGGUUACCUGGCCUGGGAUCCAAAGUUGCACUUCCCGCCUCACAGAUCUACGAACGGAUGACCGCCCCGGUUGCUGCACUGCGCAGCUCGGUCCUUGCUGUACUCAACUGUGACGUAGAAGCCGAUCAAGGUGCUAUCCGCGAUGCGUCAGUCAUGGGCUUUCUGUACGUGACCGACACCGACGAGGUUCGGGGCAGGAUCAGUUUGCUGAGCCCCGUCGCAGGCCGGGUGCCCAACAGGGCAAUCGUCUGGGCUGGUUGGCCCGAAGGGGUGCUGGGUAUGGACCGCCUUUGA